AGUUUAAGGUGUCAGUUUUGAAUACUGCGGAAAUGCCUCCAGUCAAUGAUGUUGAUGAAAUCAUUGAAACUGAAGUGUGUAAUCGUCUAAUUCGUCUUUCAUGCGCUAAAAUGGUCAAUUCAAAAAGUGAACGAGGUGGUGCAAAGCUGCAUCGAAAUUUAUUAAUUCUACAUUUGUUGAGAAAGGCUCGUGAUAAACAGAAAAGGUUUCCAAUGUUCGUAAAUAACUCGGAAUGGGUGGAAGAGCCAUUAGCAGAGACCUCUAUGAUGGUGAUGCAUACGAAUCCUAUGCCGGUUUUGGAUACGUUUUCUUCUCAUUAUGUUGAUAUAGAUAACGAAGAAGAGGAAAUGGAUGACGUCGAUUAUGAGAAUGCGGAUGUGGAUGCAACUCACUUGUUGGAUUUGUCAAAAAAUCAUGAACUUACGCAUUUGGAUAGCAGUUGUGGUAACUUGGUAAAGCAGGAACAAAUCGAGUUUGGCUAUUCGACACUUCGUCUUGCACCGUUGCAUUAUUCAUUUGCUGGUCCGGAAAUGUACGGUUUGGAUGAGACAACAGCCCAGCAACACAUGUAUAACGACUCCGCAUUCCUUCCUGAUAUGUAUUUCUCGGAAGAUAUAAUUUCAUCGCAGUCGAUUAGCCAACAAGCAAAAGAGAAAGAAGAGGAAGGAGUAGAAGAAUUUGCAACAAAUAAGUCGAAAGGAGAUUCUGACUUUGGCUGUUUAACAGUAUCUGCUGACACAGCUGUUGCCCCGGUUUCAAAAUCUGUCUCAGAUGACGAAGAACUUUGUUCUUGCAUCAAUGACAACGAGACUGAGAAGAACGGAGAUUCUGGAAACAGUUCAUUAUGUGCAAUAACAACUCCUCUGCACCAUCGAAAACGUAAAACCUCUGCACUUCGUUUACCGUCUUCAUGUAGUGUAAAGAAAUGCUGCGUUGAAGAACGUGAGUUGACGGGUCUAAUUUCGGUGUUCAACUCUGGCCUCAGCGUUGUUGCCGAUCAGCUUCUCACACGACCGGCUGUUUCCAGCGUUUCUUCGCUUCAACAGACUCAGAAACAGAUUAAUUCAUUUAUACAUAUUACCUGUAAUCCAUUGAUCUGUUAG